UGGCUGCUGAGACGUAUGUACGGAGCGCAGCGCUGCGGGAGCGGACAGAGGAUUGACCUUGUUGUUGCUGAGCCGCAAACAGUGCACCGUCCAGGGAAAAACAUGACAACCCCAAGUUUACCUCCCUUACCGAUGCCCGCGUUAAGCAGCUCGGGUUUCAGGCUAACGAAAGAGCAUUUCGUGGUCGCCGUGCCAGUGGCCGUGGUCGCAGCCGUUGGAGGUUUCCUAGUCAGCCACUACCUGAGCAGGAGGGGCUGUAAAAAGGGCCAGGUGAACGCAUCCAUCAGCAAAGACAGUCCUAAAGUGGUCCACAGCUUCGACAUGGAGGACAUCGGCACCAAGGCUGUGUAUUGCCGCUGCUGGAAGUCAAAGAAGUUCCCGUACUGCGACGGCGCUCACGCCAAGCACAACGAGGAAACCGGGGACAACGUCGGGCCGCUCAUCAUCAAGAAGAAGGACGCCUGAUCCGACCUCCUCGACUCCUCAGUUUCCUCCCAUCGUUAAUUAUCACUGCAGUGUCACGUCGAUGGUUGCACUUCAUAGCUCAGAAGCCCUUAAAGUAUUCUGAUUUCGUACGAUCGUAACGCUGUCUUCAAACUAACAUCAAAGGUCACUUCAGGACAGAUAAGGAGGGGACUUUGACAGUCAGCAGAGCCAGACAUGGAGGCAUCAUGACUUUACUGAUGCAGAGUUUGUUUAAAAUUCUCACCGGACCUGGUAUAAAUAAAAUAUUCCUCCCAUGCGGGCAUCGUGCCUUCAUGUCUGGUGUCACCUGUGAGGCCCCCCCCUCGCCUUAUUGGCUCCUGUAGGUGUGGAGCAGGUGGUGGAAACAUGACACCGGCCCUCGGUGCAGUAUUUGAAUUCAGCGUAGGCCUUAUCUUCAAAUCUACAGCCCAGAGUCUGAACAAACACCAAACCCAUGCGAAUGUUACACACUUGGCUUUGUUUUGCUGAUAGAAGUUUGUCUUAAAUGAAUUAAUGAGCUGUUUGUAACCUGCUUUCUGAGGAAACUGUUGUAUUAUCUGUAAAGUGCUCAGAGCUUUUUCAUCAAAUUUAUUUUCUACUGGCUGCCAUGCGUCUGGUUUGUCGAUUCAUUGUUCUGUAUAUUGUGAAUAAAACUUGAGUGAUCAGA